GACGACGAUGAGCUUCAACGCCUCAAUUCCUACGUUAAGACUGGCCAGUACGUUAGUAUUGGCAAGCUUCCUGACCGCGUGGAAAAUUCUCGGGCUGGCCUCUUUGUUCUGUGGCGUUACAUCAUCUAUGGAAAGACUGAAGGUGACUUCAACAAGGCUUACGCCAUGAUGAAGAGGGACUUCAAGGAUCAGACGGCAAUCUUGAAGUAUAUCGAAGAGACAGUGAUGCCAAAGAAGGAGGAAUGGGCGCAGGCAUAUAUCUCCCGGUAUACCAACUUUGGCCAGCGCACCACAUCGCCUACUGAAGGCGCCCACCGCAGUCUAAAGAGCUACGGGGUUACCAGCAAGUCUACCCUUGAGCAGGUUGUUCAGUCAGCUAGGAAGAUGGUUGAGGACCAGAAGCGCAGCUUUGAGCGUGAAGAAAAAGAUCAACAAACCCGGGUCCGCUUCGAAUUCAGUGGUCAGGUCUACCUUGGCGAUCUUCCUCGACGGGUCUCUCUCAAAGCGCUUGUCCUGAUGAAGCACCAGCAUCAAAUUGCCCUUGGAGCAAUCCCCAGACCGAUGAGGCCAUACAGACCGCUUGGCCCUUGUUCAAAUCAUCACCGGGCUCAGUAUGGCUUGCCUUGCCCUCACGAGCUACUGCAAUUGGAAGAAGAUAGCGAGAGUGUGAAGAUUGAAGAUAUCCAUCCAUAUUGGCACCUUCAGCGCAACUUGGACGAUAUUGACCGCUACCUUCGAAUCCACGAGCCCCUCAAAGUCGAAGUCCUCAAAGGUCGCCCGCGAGGCACCGGUCCCUUCGCCUUUACUGAGCCACGCAGUCUACCAAGUGCCCAGGGCAACCAGCGUAUCCCUGCAAGUGGCCGCCGUCAGCCAUCUCAGUGGGAGGGUAUCGACUUGACCGCAGAGGAUAUUGGUGAUCAGGGGCCGCCACCAAGUACGGCGCCA